AUGGACGGCGACGAGCCCACGCAGGCGACCCAGAAUGUCCUCGAUCCGCGCCGUAUCGGGAAGCAAAACUCGGGCUUCUCAGACGAAGACAUUUCCGAUAUAAUAUGCGUCCUCUACCCACACUCAGACUCGGCCCGCAUCGAACUUGAACGCCUGGUCAACGAAAGCUCUCCCCAUAUCAUCGGUAAGGAAGAAGCGGACGGUGUUGAGCCGGAUUAUGCCCUCGAAGACCAGGCUGGUCGAUUUCUCGCCAACCCAGGAGGCAGCGGCAGUCAUGCUAUCAUCCUCCGACUGUCGUCACAGCUCAAGAACCCCGCUGCUGGGUUUGUCUUUGGACGCAACCCAGCGCGAUGCGAUGUUGUAUUUGUAAACGAUCCCUUGAAGCGAGUCAGCAACAUACAUUUCCGAAUAUACGUCAACGAGUACGGCACCGUCAUGAUUGAGGAUCAGUCUACCAAUGGUACUAUAGUAGAUGACAACAUUCUAAACGCAAAUCCUGCAGUCAACCCAACAAAUGGCCCAUGUAUCUCAAAAUGGGUUCUCAGCUCUGGCUCCAUCAUCAGAAUAUUUCUUCACCAAAAGGCAAGAGAUUUGACUUUCCGAGUUCGGAUACCACGGCGAGAUAAUGAGUACGACCAAGCGUAUACCGACAAAGUGGAUGAUUUCUUUACUCGCCACGGAAUAAAACGUUCAAAUGACACAAUCACUCCUGGACCUGGUGGGCACGUUGAUCUCUUCAAGCAUCCAGCCCAAAACCAAUUUAAAAGAGAGGAGACGGACGAAGCUCCCCAGGAAGUUCCUCUCAAACCACAGAAAAGGAGAGACGGAAACAGAGAAUGGACGGGUUCUGGCAAAUACAACAGAAUUGGGACAAUUGGAAAGGGCGCAUUCGCGGUUGUUCACAGGGUCACGUCUAAGUAUGACGGUUUACCCUAUGCGGCCAAAGAGAUUGAAAAGCGUCGUUUUAUAAAGAAUGGUGUACUCGACCAAAAGGUUGAGAAUGAGAUGAAAAUCAUGCAGCGGGUUGAACAUCCUCAUAUCGUUCGCUAUGUUGAGCACUUUGAAUGGGAUGAUCGACUACUUAUCAUCAUUAUGGAAUUUAUCCCUGGUGGCGACCUGGGCAAACUUAUCUCGGACCACAAAGCCAUAAGAGAAGAUGUUGUUCGAACCAUGUCAGGACAGCUCCUAAGCGCAUUGGGAUACCUGCACGCCAACAACAUCACUCAUCGCGAUGUCAAGCCAGACAAUAUUCUUAUCAACUCUCUCAAUCCUAUCGAUCUCAAACUCACCGACUUUGGCUUGUCGAAAAUGGUGGAUAGUGAACAGACUUUCUUACGAACAUUCUGUGGCACUUUACUCUAUUGUGCGCCAGAGGUUUACACAGAAUAUGCGGAGUAUGAUGAUAACGGUGUACGUAGCCGGGGUAAGAAAAUGCGACGUCCUCCGGGUCAGAGAUAUAACCAUGCUGUUGACAUCUGGUCUUUGGGCGGUGUGUUGUUCUACGCUCUGACUGCGUCACCCCCUUAUCCAGUUAAGAGCGGCAUCAGCUAUUCUGAAUUGUUGCACAAGAUCAUGACUACCCGGUUGAAUAUCUCACCCCUGCAGAGAAAUGAAGUGUCAGAUCAAGCCAUCGACUUCCUUUGCAGAAUGCUUGAGAAACGCCCAGAAAACCGAGCGACAGUGACCGAACUCGAAAGCCAUCCUUGGCAUACCGGCCCGCCAUCGGUCAUCAACGCCUCGCAAUCUUUCGACGAGGUCUCGGAUGACGACAUGUUUGAUAACUUCUCUCAGCUACAGCCCCGCCACUACGAGGAAGACCGGGUUAGUGACUCCAUGGGUGAGGAAUCAGAAAAGGAAACCGUGACAGGGCUACCGGAAGCCAACAAACCCAGGCUUUUUGGAGAAGUCGGCGCUUCUGCCAUUGGCAGCUCUGGUGUAAUCCCAGGCGAUUACCUCAACCUCGAAGCGAGCAACGCUAGCACAGGUGAAACUGAGAUUCUUAAUCAAGACGAGGACGAGGCUUACCAAUCAGACGAGGAUGCCACGCCUAGGAGCAGGAACCGCCGGACAUACCGCCAAACGACUGCCUCUAUGGUUCAGAAACAGUCGGAAGACCAGCUUCAAAGCCUUGUCGAGAAUGUGGCUUCCCAAAGCCUUGGUGGCGACGAACCUAGCGUGCAGUUUCCCGGGGCCUCUCAAUUCUCCUUGCAAUCGUCGGAUUUCAAUACCAGCAAACGCAAGCCCCCCUCUCAAGACACCAGCGACGAGUUUGAGGAGAGUACGCCACGCGGAAAACCUACGAUGAAAAGAUUAAAGUCGGAGGGCAAUACUGAAGACAUGACAAACGACGUAAUUGAAGAGUAUCAGCUACUGAUUCAGGUUCCUGUAGCCGGAAAACCAUCCUCAGGACGUCAAAUUGACCAGCCUUUCAACAAAACAUGUUUUUGGGAACAGGACAAAAAGACAUGGCACUUUAACUACCCCGAGUUAACCCACCUCCAGCACAAAGCCUUUCAGCAGGCGGCGGAGACCAGGGGCGAAACGUUUGCGCCUGGAAAGACCCCAUUGUGGGAUCUUGCAAUGAAGUAUUUCUCUCCAGUCUCAAAAGCUGGAACGCAAAUUAGCGAAACUCGACGGAGCUCCCGAACACCGCAGGGCACGACAGACGACGCCAUGGAGUUUCCACCUACCGCUGCUGCCUCUGAGGACUCACAGAUCCCUGACACGAUGCCCACCACCCAUACCCAGAUCGUCGUCCCUGUUCAAAAACCAGAACCCAACAAGCAACUCGUUGGCGUUAUUGAGUCCCAUCCGGAUUCAUGUAUACCUGGUAUCACUAUCCCUAUCACCGACACUCUGGUUUCUUUUGGUCGUGGUCCUGCAAAUACAGAACCAUUUAGUGACAUUUAUGAGUCUCGUGUACCAAAGUAUGCGUUCAAAAUAUUGCUCUGGAAAGAUGGCGAUACCUUCGACCCUUCAAAAGAUCCAUCAAAGGUGCCUCUCCCUUGGCUUCGAGAUGAGGAGGAUCCAAAUGACUACAGCUUCUAUGUCUCGACGAAAGCAUCUGUCGGCAUCAGCAUCAACGGUUACCAGCUUGCCUCAGCCGAUGCUAAGAACCACGGUGGGCCUUCUCAUCACUGGGCUCGCCUCUACAAUGGUGACACGUUAACAGUCUGGGGGACUGGCGACCGCAACAGCAAACAAACAAAGCUCAACUUCCAAUGUCUUUGGGGUGCUUCUACCCGAGAGCGAGACGAAAACAAGGCACUGGAACUCGCACCCCGACCACUGGCCCAGAGGCUGGAUGCCGCUUGCCAGAAAACAGAGAAACGCAUGAAGGAUGCUAUAGAAAGGAAGAAGAAGGAGGAUGCAAUCAGUGCCGAUUUACAAGAGCGCUCAGAGAACAUCGACAGAGAACGAGCACGGAGCGAUGCUUUUGAGAUGAAACGACAGGAAGCUAUCGCAUAUUUCGAAUCGAGACAGAGCCCUCUGUCACGCAUGGCUGCGACCACAAGUGCGCCCUUAGCAAGUCAUUUUCUUGGGGUACCGUUGCCCCGCGCGUCAGAUCCCUUGGCCGGCGCUCGGAUGAUGGGAUAA